UUGACACAUUCGACAUGCGCCCUCUACCGGGUCAAAGAUAAACUACUUUAAAACAACAAAAUAAUGCGCCCCAACCUCAAAAUUAUAGUAAAAAUUGUUUUAGCGAUAUUUUUCUUAAAUUUAUACUGCCAAUUCCUUAUUUUCUAUUUAGUGCAAAUCAAGUGUGACUGGCCAGAGUUAGACCCUGAAAAAGAAGACAAAUCUAUUAAGACCAUAAAUGAAGAACCUGUUAAGGUCAUGGUCAUUGCUGAUACCCAUCUAUUGGGGUCGAGAAAUGGACAUUGGCUGGAUAAGCUCCAGAGGGAGUGGCAGAUGUAUCAGGCCUUUCAAACUGCCAUGACGCUCCAUAAACCAGAAUUGGUUUUUGUACUGGGUGACUUAACUGAUGAAGGGUUGUAUUGUAGUGAGGAGGAGUUUGAUUAUUAUGUCAGGAGAUUUUAUAGUUUAUUCAAAGUUCCAGUGGGCACAACUAUGUAUGUAGCAGUAGGAAAUCAUGACAUAGGAUUCCAUUAUAGAGUCAGUCCAUAUUUGAACCAAAGAUUUAUAAAUGGCUUCAAGGCACCUCCCGUCCAACUAAUUUCAGUAAGAGGAAAUCAUUUUGUCUUAGUCAACAGCAUGGCUUUGGAGGGUGAUGGGUGCUUUUUGUGCAAACCUGCUGAGCAACAACUCACCAAAAUUGAAAGACUGUUACACUGUACUAGUGGUACCUACACAGAAAAAUGUAGCUCUAAAAUGAAACUUGAUGUAUAUAGUCAUCCAAUCUUGAUGCAGCACUACCCAUUAUAUAGGCAAUCAGAUGCUGACUGUAAUGAUUUUGAUGCUGCACCACUGCCUAUCAAGCAGGAGAGAUUUAGAGAAAGAUGGGAAUGUCUGAGUCAGGAAGCUACAUAUCAGUUACUGAUGCAGGUUAAACCACGAUUGGCACUAAGUGGCCACACUCACCAUGGUUGCACUAGAAAGCUGCCCAUUGGAGAGGGAAUUGAAGUCACAAUUCCAAGUUUCAGUUGGAGAAAUAAAGAUAAUCCUAAUUAUUUAUUGGCCGUAUUCACUCCAAAUAACUACGCGUACACCAAAUGUGAGAUGCCAAGAGAGUCUCACCAAAGACUCGCGUAUAUGGUAGGGACACUACUGAUAUUUAUAUGGUUGAUAUAUUCUUUUAUAUUUAGGCGUAGAGGUAAUAAAUACAAGUAUCGCUGACGAUACUUUAGUAUCUGGUGAAGGAUUCGCUAAUAAAUGAUAAAUAUUGGGAGCUUUGGCUUUUACUGAUGAUUUUACGCGGUUGUGUAAGCAAAUCUAAGGUUGUGCAUAAAUUGCGUUGAUAUUGGUUUUCCAUAAUAACAUGGCCAAAAAUUGACCAAAUGGUUCAUUGGUUUACAAACACAUUUUUUUUGAAAUUUGUAUCCAUUUACCUUGAUGUUUCUGACAUUUGAAUGUGUAUUUUACUACUGUGGUUUAGAUUUUGAAAUAGUAUAUAAUUUUGAAAAUUGGUUAUUAUAUUAUCUCCACUCUUAGAUAAUAUGGUAUGUAAUUUUGGAAAACAUUAUAUAUAACUAUAAUGCAGAUGUUGAAUGCUCAGCACAUUAUCAGUACCUAUGAAAACUAUUAUGUGUCAAAUGUACAAAAAUUAAUGUUUUGAUGUAGCUUUUUAUAAAAUAUAUUGUAUUUGGAUCAUUUUAGACAUGUGUAUUAUAAAAAUAACAAAAAAUGAUUUUAUACUUUUUAAAGGGUUUGGAGAACGAUUGAGUGAUUUCUAAAAUAUAUUUUUUGAAUGCUGGAUCUUAUUAAUUUGAGGAAUAUGAAGCUUAUAUGAAACAUAUUCACAGCAGUGUUUCUACUUGCCACCAUUCAGUAUUGUUUAUGUUACAUUAUAUAUUUACAUUCCACAGUCCAAAAUCAUCUUGCACCACUUAAUGUAGUUAAUCAGAAGAUUAUGGUUGACAUGCGAUUUAAUACCAUUGGUAUGUAAAUGACACCUGGAUAUCAAUAAAUAAACAAAAUUGAAGAAAAUAAUUGUCAGGUUGCAAAUGCAUGUGUAUUCGCUUUGGACUUUUAUUAUUAUCAUCGUUUAUAUUUCCAAAUAAAUAUUUGGUCCAGACAAAAACAAGCAAAUCCCAUUAAUAAUAAAACCAUGUGGUAAACUUUUUUUUACUGAGGUAUAAAGCUUUAUUACUUUUACUAGUGAUUACAUACAUGAAAACAAAAUUUUAUAUUAAUUAUAUGCAGAAAAACGCGUCUACCAUUUUGUCUCUUUAUUUCCUCAAAAACGAUUAUCAAAAAAGGGGUAUGCGUUUCGCUUUAUCCCCGAAAUGUUUUUUAAGAUAAAUAAAUAAAUCGCGUAAAAGCAAUAUCUAAAACGUCUCUUUUUGAAGGGGUUAUAACUGUUCAUAAGUUACAUUGUCACAUAUUCGCGUAUAAUUAUUUAUCUUCAAUAAUGCCAAACAAUUGAUCGAUUUUAAUGAAACUACAAAUUACCAGGGUACUUUCAAAUUGCGGAAAAAACGUUGCUAGUCUUUAAUUGUAUCUAUACUUAAUUAUUGUAAUAUGGUAUAUAUUUUUUCAUUAAGUUGUUUCACUAAAAUAUUGUUCAAGUAAUUCAAAUAUUUCAGAUAAAUAUAUCGCGUACUAAAAUGGAUAAAAUGCAACAUUUAGAAAGAUAUCAUCAUUUAAAUUUCACACAUAAAUUAUUGCUAUCUUCAAAGCCCGAAUAUCUUAUCGAUUCCUUCAUUAAGGAUGUACAUUGUAAAUGUUUGAGGAAAAAGAACAUUGAUAUAUCACAAUAUAACACAACGCUAUUCGAGGGUAGUUUCUCAUACAACGUUGGUAUCUGAGAUAAUGUGAUGCCUGAGACAUAACAAAAAUAUUCACUUCCCGUUUUCCGCAAAUAAAUUCAAAUUUUGUUCCAUUCGCCAUGUUUACUGCAUCAUGUAUAUAACUUAUGUACAAUCAUACACCCCUCUAUGUUUUCAAUAAAGGUUAUUUCAUAGUGUUUCCUAUUUUGUAAGAUCUAUUUAUAGAUAUAAUAUUCCUUUCUUACCUCACUCAUGCAUGUUGGGGACUGAUUGGUUAAGAGUAACAGUAGCACAUGCUAAACUUCGCCAAUUAGUCCCUUGUAAUGUUUUUAAUAAAGACGACUAUUAUUAUUAUGUAUUGGGCUGUUUGAAUUUAAUUUUGUUAUUCUGAAAUUUUGAAGUAUUUGAUAUAAUUAUUUGAUUCAGCGAUUAAUAAAUGCACUUUUUGUCUGCACUUAUUUCAAUACACCUUAGCAACAAAGGUUCGGUGAAAAAAAGGAAUUAUUGUUCAUUUUCACAAGACAUCUUACCGCGCUUUUGUGUCUAACAUAGUAUAACGUGGUCUAUUUUAAGAUAUAUCAUUGCCUCAGUAAGAAAAAGCUGUUUUUCUUAUAUGUCAAGCUGUAAUGUGGAAAACAAGCUUAUUUUUUCAGACAUAUUUUUUAUAAGGUAUACCUGUUGUAUAAUAUACUAUUAUAUGUGCCAAAUGUUGUAAGAAAAAAAUAAAUUAGUCAGUGAUAAAAUAAAACGGUU